CGUAAACACCUCAAAGGGACGAACUGAGACGUUGCAAUUGCCCACCUUCCCCUAUCGCCAUGGCGCCUCUCACAAUCGCAUCCCGCGCUCUCGCGCGAGAGGCCUCAAGAACCGCCGGCCGCUUGACCACUGUUCGCGCUAUCAGCACCUCGGCCUCCCUGCGCGAUGCCCCGGCUGGCAGUUACUCGAGUCCCUUUAAAGGCGAAUCCAAAGCAAAGAUCCCCGACUGGAGCCACUACGCGGCCAAGGGCAGCGGGAGCACGAACCUGCUGUUCAGUUACUUCAUGGUCGGCACCAUGGGCGCCAUCACUGCCGGUAGCGCCAAGUCGACUGUCCAAGAAUUCCUGAAGAACAUGUCGGCAUCCGCAGAUGUCUUGGCCAUGGCCAAGGUCGAGGUUGACCUCAAUGCGAUCCCCGAGGGCAAGAACGUCAUCAUCAAGUGGAGAGGCAAGCCCGUCUUCAUACGACACCGCACCGAGGGCGAGAUCGCGGAGGCAAACAAGGUUGAGGUCUCAUCUUUACGAGAUCCCCAAGCGGAUGAAGACCGUGUCCAGAAGCCCGAGUGGCUGGUCAUGUUGGGUGUCUGCACGCAUCUGGGUUGUGUUCCAAUUGGUGAGGCUGGCGACUAUGGUGGCUGGUUCUGUCCCUGCCACGGUUCUCACUACGAUAUCUCUGGACGCAUAAGAAGGGGACCCGCUCCUCUCAACCUCGAGAUCCCGGCCUACGAGUUCCCCGAAGAGGACAAGCUGAUUAUCGGUUAAAUGCGACUUGGGUGUAUGAAUACUAGACUGGCGGGGAAGGUGCAAAGGUGGAAGGUGAUGCGUCCCUCUGAACCGACUGGGUGCUAGUUGGGCGGAACUAGACGUCAUGGAAAACCAUGAGGGUCCACUGGGGGCACUUGCUUAGACGUUCUCUGGCCUUGCCGAUCCUGUACAAAACAAUACACAUCGAGUGGAAAGAGAGAUAUGCCUUAUUUGUUUAUACUAUUUGUCCUUGAGCCCUCUGCUAUGCUUGUUGGUCGGCGUCCUAUGUUUCUGCUUGGG